UAGUUUAACUUUUCCCGCGAUUCGAAUGAGUUCCGAUUCUAUGUUCAAGUAUUUCAUAUUUUGUCUGGCACUCUGUUCAUUGGUCUAUGCUGAUGGCGAAUGGGUGCCAAAAACGUCAUAUGAAGCUUACAGGAUCAUGCAGCAAUGCCUUUCUGAGCAUCCAUUCAACAAGGAGCAGUUAGCGAUGAUAAUGCAGAAUUUUUUUUUCCCCAAUGAGCCCGAAGUGCGUCAACAUCUGUUAUGUUAUUACCAGAUGCACGGUCUCUUCAGCACACUCGAGGGCUUUCAUCCCGAUCGUGUGGCCAAAAUUGAGAAGUUGGAUCUGAACGAGGAGGAAGUUCUGCAAAUUGCCCAGGGCUGUGUGGAUAGAAACGAACAGAAGAGUCCAGCCGAUGAGUGGGUAUUCCGUUUUCACAUAUGUUUGAUGUCCAGCAAAGUUGGCGAUCGAGCAAAAAUCAUAAAUAACAUAGUAUAAGGGCAUGAAAGAGGAGCAUGGUGAAAAUUUGCAAAUAUAUAAAUAAAAUCGAAAGAUUCAUGC